UCGGGAAGAAUAAAGUUUUUUUUUUCCCCACACGGACCUGCACUCAGCCCAGUCUGUACCCAGAGCCAAACCGUGGCCUAGCAGGAAGAACGGCUCGACUAUGUGGAGAAAGAAACGGGCACUUGGGGAAUCCUUGGCUUGUCUCGUGUUUCUUGUGACGCUCGUCGAUGCUUAUCGAUUCCUGAGCCAGAGCACAGCCACCCAGUUCCUGAGCAGGCACAAAAGAGCCAACUCUCUGUUUGAGGAGAGCAAGAAGGGCAACCUGGAGAGAGAGUGCAUCGAGGAGCUGUGCAACAAGGAGGAGGCCAGGGAGAUCUUUGAGAACCAGCCGGAAACGGAAUACUUCUAUCCCAAAUAUGUUGUGUGUCUGGGUUCACACCGUGUCGGCAUUAACAACCAGAACUUGGAUUCUGCUAUCCCCUCAGACCUUCGCACCUGUGUGACAGAGAUCAGUAACCAGUGUACACCGUAUCCAUGCUACAAGGAGGGUUCAGAGCGCUGCGUGGAUGGCCAGGCCUCCUUCACGUGUGUGUGUAAGCCCGGCUGGAAGGGGCCACGCUGUGAGGACGACAUCAAUGAGUGUUCAGAUCCAGACUUUCCAGCGGGAUGUAACCAAAAAUGUUACAACGUCCCCGGUAGUUUCCACUGCAUGUGUGAAGAGGGCUUCUUCAUCAAUAACAAAAUCGACUGUGUGGAUAUUGAUGAAUGCCUCCUGUACCCAAGAAUCUGUGAAGCACCGGCUAAAUGUGUCAACAGUCCUGGCAUGUACAAGUGCCAGUGUCCACUGGGGUUUAAAUAUAACUUCACUUCCAAAACCUGCAACGAUGUGGAUGAGUGCGAGUUCAAUGUGUGCGAUGGCACUUGUAUAAACACAGUGGGCAGCUAUGCAUGCUACUGUGAUGGUCGUGAGGGUCUUCGUUUGGCGGAGGAUGAACGAUAUUGUGAAAGAAUCCCUGCUUGUGUGGACCUGUAUGACCACAAACACUCUGAGAUGCUGUACCUGGGGGAGCAGUUUGCAGGCCUACCUGUCAUCUAUCUGCGUUUCCGUCUGCCAGAGAACACAAAGUUUGCAGCAGAGUUUGACUUCCGCACAUUUGACCCUGAGGGAGUUGUUCUGUAUGCUGAGUCCUCACAGGACUCGUGGUUCAUGUUGGGACUAAGGGGCGGUCGCAUUGAAGUCCAGUUCAAAAACCAGCACACAUUCAAGGUCACCAGCGGAGGAAAAGCCAUAAAUGAUGGACAGUGGCAUGUGAUCUCUGUGGAUGAACUGGAGAGCAGCAUCAGUGUGAAGAUCAGCAAGGAAGCUGUGAUGAGCAUCAACAGCCCAGAGAGUCUCUUUACUUCAGUAAAUGGCAAACUGGAGACCAAGGUCUACAUCGCUGGUCUGCCCAACCGCACUGACAACAUCAUCAAACCUAUCAACCCUCGACUUGAUGGCUGCAUCCGAGGCUGGAACUUGAUGAAUCAGGGUGCAUCUGGGGUCAAGGAGGUCAUCCAGGAGAAGACGAGUAAACAUUGCUUUGUGUAUGUGGAACGAGGAUCUUUCUUCACCGGGGGGGGACUGGCGCACUUCAACAUUGACUACAGUGAUUCUGGGAGCUGGAAUGUGGAUGUAAAGAUGAAUAUACGUCCAUCAACUGGCACAGGUGUCCUCUUUGCUCUUGUCGACAACACCACAGUCCCGCUGUCGGUCGCUGUGGUGACAUCGGGAGGUGAUGAUGCUAAUUUGCAAGUGUUCCUGGACGGCGUCUCCGUGGCGAGGCUGGACUCACUGAUGCUGUGUUACCCUGAUCGGCUGACACUGCAGCUGAAUGUGACUCCUACAGAAAUCCAAAUCUCAGCCAACUCCUCAGCCGUUACCUACAUGAAAUCUGACGAUCUGCAGGAGGCACUGAAGCGCCUCAACACCACCAUGCAGAACCCCAUCAGUACAUAUAUUGGUGGGAUCCCAGACGAUGUCCCAUUACCUUCCACCCCAGUGACGGCGUUUUACCAUGGCUGCAUGGACAUCUCUAUCAACGGCCAGCAGCUGGACUUUGAUGAAGCUCUCAGCAAACAUAACAGUAUUAAGUCUCAUUCCUGUCCUCCAUUAUCUGCCCCUGAAAGCCAUGCUGCACCACACCCAUAUUGACCUUAAUUAACAGCAGCAUCACAUUUUAACGCCCUCACACUAGGCAGCGUCCCACAGUGGCCAUCUCUUGGGAUGUUUUGGAAAGAGAGAUUUAUAGAGGAGAGGAGAUGGGAGGGAGGAAGAGGAUGAGAAAGAAGUGACAAGAAGAGGAGAUAGCGGUAGAUGGUUAUAGUCAUUUUUGUCGACUCUCUCUGAUGGGUUUAUUUUAAGCUUUCUCUUAUUCUUUUCAUCCAUACAGUGUUAUUGCUAGUGUCCUGGGAGCAUUUUGUUCAGUUUUUUUUUUUUUUUUUUUUUUAAGCAUGGCACAACGAAAGCUGGCUUGCCAGUGAGGAAACUGGAGGGCUGGAAGAUGUAGUUGUAGCAGUUUGUUGCAAUGAUUUUAAUUCUUUCCAAGAAACUUUGAAAAAGAGCUGAGCUCUGUAGCACACAUACCAUGCGUUGAGCAAGAGAUUAUGUUUGUGUAGAAACAUAAACAAAUGGUCACAAUUGACCAGGCUUUGAGACCACCUGCAUCUUUUUCCAUGCUGUUGAAUCAUGGUACUAUCCACAAAUUGUCUUCAGUGCGGUUCUUGUGGAGGCAGACGUCUGGAGACAGCUAGCUGACAUUGUGGCGGUCGGUUGUGGCGGCGAAAACCACAGAGGAGAAAGCUGAACCUCCAGGCUUUCGAUCCAAUUCUGUUGCAUGUUCUUGAUUGAAUCACCAUCUCUUAUUGGAGCUCUGCCUUCCUGAAGAAGUGUAGUAACUUUUAGAAACAUGGUUUAUCAUUUCAUUGUUCCCAGAAUCCACUAUGGUUUUUGCCAGAUGUAUACACCUCUCAUUAUGGCUGGUCAUGUAAGACUAGUACAACUUCUGACAUUCUUCUAUUUCUGUCCUCAUCUUCAGGGAUCUCCUGGUUGUCCUCUGUCCAGAAUUUGUCUUGUAUAUAAAACAAGGUAUCUUUAAUAUAUAACUUAAAUGUAGUUGUUCAGUUUUGUUUGUUUUGUGUUUGUUAAAAUAAAACUAUAUCAAAGCAACCUUA